UCGGUAGAGGAAACAUCCCCUGCACAUUCGACCUCCGAAGCCUAUGAGGAGGCAGUGGAGGUGAUUUGAAACAAUCCAAAAAUGUAUAGGAUAGCUAGCUUACCGGUUGAUUAUCUUGUUCAUCCAUAGCUAUCCCAAGCACCCACAGCCCGAAUCCAUCUACCAUGUAUUGUGACGUCCGGCACUUUGAACGUAAGCUUGGCGACUCGUGGCAUCAUUCAUAUUACUGGCCUGGCGUAUACAAAGAUAGAUCGGAUAUUUGACAUUGCGGUUGGUUUUAAUAUGGCCGUGUGGCCGCCCAGCCUGAUUUCCCAUAAUUGUGUAAUCUGAUAUUUACAUCUGGCAUUAGGUGCGCCUAUCAUCGUCUUCUAGCAUAUCGGGAAGACCGUAAUAUAGAGGAUCUGGUCGACCGGCUUUUAGCACCACUCGAACUUAAUAUCCUUGGUCCAACCUCAUUUUGACAUCAACUGGGUGGCUUGGCGGGUUGUUCUCAUGGCACACUUAUAACCAGUACGACAGAUCAGUUCUGAAAACCACCAUGCACUUUCCGCGCAAUAUACCGUCGGACGUUGUGUUCGACGCUCUAAACUUAAACAACCGGAAAAGCACACACGACUCAUCCAUGAGGGUGCCAUCGUUAGCAAUGGGAACCGGCAGAAACCUUCAUCUAAAUAUGCUCGAAUUCGAGAGUUUGUACGUCGGCCAAAAGAACAGAAUCGCAAGACCCCUCAGGCGCGAAUACGGAAUAAGUUGCAAAAAGGCAUCCGUGGGGUAAUUAAAGGUGUCGGAAUGAGUAAAGGUGAAGGACUACGGCGACGGAGUGGAUAUGCAAAAAAUGAUUCAGGCGAAGGUUCGGGUUCAAAC